AUGGCGAUAACCAAGAACCACCGGGAAUAUGACAUUGUCCUCGUCGGCGCAACAGGGUAUACCGGCAGACUCACAGCGUACCACAUUGCGCAAAACCUGCCCACGAACUUGAAAUGGGCUAUUGCAGGACGAUCCAGCGCAAAACUUGAUGCUCUUGCCGACGAAUUGAAGCAUAUAUCAGAGGAUAGAUUGCAGCCAGAAAUCGAGAUUGUGGACAUUGAGGACAAAGCACAACUUACUGCUCUUGUCGCGAGGGCAAAGGUUUGCAUUAGUGUGGUUUCGUACAAUGAAGUUGGCGCGAAUGUGAUUGAGGCGUGUAUUGAGAGUCGGACGGAUUAUGUUGAUACUUCUGGCUCCAUUGCACAUCUGCGAGAGUGGAUUGAUAAGUACCACCAAGCUGCCGAGCAGGCCAACGUUGCGAUCAUCAGCGCCUGCGGCUGCUUCAGCGCCUUCCAAGAUCUUCUCACAUGGGUCACCGUCGGCGAACUCGCAAAAAGCUCAUCUGUCAAGACCAAAGAGAUCAUUUUGUCCGUGCUCAGCAUGCCAGCAGAUCCCAGUGGCGGGACUGUCAAGUCAAUACUGGGUAGAGCAAAUCUCGAUGCAAAGACUAUUCAGGAAUCGGAGGAACCAUGGUAUUUGUCACCAGUCAAGGGCCACCAGCAAUACGUGAAUACCACCAAUCUCUUUGGCAUGCGACAUGACCCCCUGCUCGGCACGCUAUCACCAAGCUCCUUCAGCAAUUUGCAGAAUAGAGCUGUUGUCCAUAGGACAUGGGGUCUACUUGACGGAGGCAACUAUUACGGACCCAACUUCCAGUACAGUGAAUACAACAAAGUUUCCUCAACAAUAGCUGGAAUUAUGGAUAUCCUGAGAGCUCACGGGAUAAACCUGCUGUUCACACUCGCACCAUUGCGAGCAAUCGCAAAAAUGAUUCUUCCGAAGCCUGGUGAUGGCCCCGAUGUGGAGAAAGAGAAGAACAGCGUAGUAGAAAUGGAAGCUCUUGCGGUGGCAGACUCGGAAGCGGGCUCGACGGUUCCAAAAGCUUAUGCAAGAGUUCGGUUUUCGGGGGGACCGUAUACGGCUACGGCUGCUUUUCUGGCACAGGGAGCUGCGUCGUUGCUUUAUACGAGGAAGUUGGAGGGUGGUGUUGCUGGUGGAUGUUUGACUCCCGCGUUUCUGGGUGCGGACCUUGUAGAGAGGAUUCAAGGUGUUGGUGCGGAGCUGAGUAUUGAGAUACUGUGA